AGUAAAACAAUAAUUUAUUCAUAAAAGCUUUUACAAUGCAUCUAGCACAUGAGUCGUAGUAAAGCUAUUUUUCCACCAAAACUAGCCUAAUUGAGUCGAAGUUUUUAGUCACAUAAUCGUAUUGCAAGGGUAUGGUACAAGGAAGAUAGCUCCAAUGCAUCAAAAAUUACAAGAAAAGCUGUGGAGUAUAUCUUUAUCAUACCAUUGCUAGUAGUCGUAUGACCUAGCAGCUGCUGUACGUGCAGAAAGUUUGGAACGAGUUACUACAAUAUGGUUUUUCUUUCAGGUAAGCUCUUGCAUCAAGUCUUUGAGCAACAUGGUACAACGAUCCUGAAUUCCUGAUGAAUGAUUUCCUUGCAUUAGCCAAGUAAAAAAAAAAAAAAAAAAAACAAAGGUGAUAGUAUUUCUAUACCUCUAUGGUCUAAUAUAGUUGUACCGUGCUCUAGUUGUUUUCAGAUCAAAUAUCGAUAAUCACCAGAGUUGCAUGAGCUCCUGGUAAAGUUCGAUGCUUUAUUCUCCUUGAUGAUUGAUGUCAGAGACUUUUAUGGGUAAUAUAAAGAUGGAGAAUCUGUGGGCUUUAUUUUGUGGGCAAACUGAUUGUGCAGUAAACAGUUCUGAACCUUGCAGUCAGUUUAUGUUUGUUAUCCAUCCUUCUGCCUGUGUCAACCAUGCUUCCAUUGUUUGCUUCAAUAUACUGCUUCUGAUAAUCCUCUUAUUCAGCUUCAUUUACCAAAUUUCUUCCAAGAAAAUCGAGAUACGAGCUAAUCAUAGACAGUUUUCAACCCUACACAUGUUAUCAGCUGUUUUUAAUGUAUCUUUGGGACUUGUUUACGUAGGCUUAGGUAUUUGGAUUUUGAAGGAAAAGUUGAGAAAUGAUCAUUCUAUUUCACCAAUUCAUUGGUGGGUUAUAUAUUUCUUUCAUGGAGUUACGUGGUUGUUCAUGGGACUAACAACGAAACAUAUAGGAGGAGGAUCUUCCCCGAAAGCCCCAUUGCAAAUCUUGUCCAUUUUGGUUUUCCUGUAUGCUGGGAUUUACUGUUGUCUGGUUCUUUACUUCGCCAUAAUGAACCAUGAAAGAAUUACAGUUAAGGCUGGCUUAGAUAUUCUGUCUUUCCUAGGAGCAGGUUUGCUCUUGUUAUGUACUUACAAAGGAUACAAGAAUGAAGGGAUGGCUAGUGAUGGAAAUAAUACCCUUUACAUACCUUUGAAUGUUGAGGAUAAAGGUCUUAGAGAAACUGAUUUAGCUUCCCAAAUUACCCCAUUUUCCACAGCUGGGUUGCUCAGUGAGAUGUCAUUUUGUUGGUUGAAACCUUUGUUGAAAUUGGGUAAGGAAAAGACACUUCAGGAAGAUGAUGUACCAAAACUUCGAGACAUAGACAGAGCAGGAUCCUGUUACCUGCAGUUUCUGGAUCGAGUGAGUAAACGGAAACAGGAUAAUGAGUUGCCGUCAGAAUCCACAAUCUUGUGGAGUAUUGUUGCAUGUCACUGGAGGGAGAUUCUGAUGUCAGGGUUCUUCGCAUUUUUUAAAAUAGUCGCACUGUCAGCUGGACCUCUUUUGCUGAACUCCUUCAUUAAGGUAGCUGAGGGUAAAGAAGCUUUCAAGUAUGAAGGUUAUCUUUUGGCCAUCUUACUAUUCCUUUCAAAGAUUUUGGAAUCUUUGUCACAAAGGCAAUGGUAUUUCCGAAGCAAAUUGAUUGGCCUCAAAGUGAGGUCCAUGCUCACUGCAGCAAUAUACAGGAAGCAACUAAGAUUAUCUAAUGUUGCCAGGGGGAUGCACUCUGGUGGCGAGAUAAUGAAUUAUGUAUUCGUUGAUGCUUAUAGAAUCGGGGAAUUUCCAUAUUGGUUUCAUCGUACUUGGACAACAAGCCUCCAACUUUGCUGUGCACUACUUAUUAUGAUACAUUCAAUUGGACUUGCAACCGUUGGAUCUUUAAUAGUGAUUCUAUUAACCGUGCUUUGUAACACUCCUAUUGGCAAAUUACAACAUAAGUUUCAAAGCAAGUUGAUGGUUUCUAAAGAUGAAAGGCUGAAGGCUUGCUCUGAGGCGUUUGUGAACAUGAAGGUGCUAAAGUUAUAUGCCUGGGAGACGCACUUCAAGAAUGUAGUCGAAGCAUUGAGGAAAGUGGAAUGUAAACGAUUAUCAGCAGUGCAGUUACAAAAAGGAUACAGUUUAUUUUUCUACUGGUCAUCUCCUGUAUUGAUCUCUGCUGCUACAUUUGGGGCAUGUUAUUUCCUCAAAGUUCCUCUACAUGCCAGUAAUGUUUUCACCUUUCUUGCCACUUUGCGGCUGGGACAAGAGCCUAUCAAAAUUAUCCCAGAUGUUAUUGGUGUAGUUAUUCAGGCAAGAGUUGCCUUUGCACGAGUUGUGAAAUUUCUUGCAGCUCCAGAGCUUCAAAUUGAAAAUAUCAGGAAGGAGAGAAAAACGAACAGCACAAACCAUGUCAUUCAGAUGAAGUCAGCAAAUCUUUCAUGGGAGAUAAGUUCAUCAAAGCCAACAAUAAGAAACAUAAAUCUAGAUGUGCAUCCAGGUGAGAAGGUCGCUAUAUGUGGAGAAGUUGGCUCAGGAAAAUCAACAUUACUGGCAGCAAUUCUGGGAGAAGUACCACAUGCAGACGGAAUUGUGGUAGUCUGUGGGAAGAUUGCUUACGUUUCCCAAACUGCUUGGAUCCAAACAGGGACAAUACGUGAGAAUAUACUUUUUGGCUCUGCCAUGGAUGAUUCUAGAUACCAAGAAACUCUCCAGAGAUGUUCACUGGUGAAGGACCUUGAACUUCUUCCUUAUGCUGACAAUACUGAAAUAGGGGAAAGAGGAGUUAAUCUAAGUGGUGGGCAGAAGCAACGAAUUCAACUUGCUCGUGCAUUAUACCAAGAUGCUGACAUUUAUCUUUUGGAUGAUCCAUUCAGUGCUGUUGAUGCACACACUGCAGCAAGCCUCUUCAAUGACUAUGUUAUGGAAGCUCUUUCUGAAAAGACUGUCCUGCUUGUGACACACCAAGUUGAUUUUCUUCCUGCAUUUCAUUGUUGUUUGCUAAUGUCAGAUGGGGAAGUCCUUCAAGCAGGCACCUACAAUGAAUUAUUAGCUUCAAGUCAAGAAUUUUUGGACCUUGUAACAGCACACAAAGAAACUGCUGGUACUAAAACACUCGCCGGAGAUGGAAGACAUAACUAUCCAGCAAAAGAGGUUAAGACAUCAAUGGAUAUUGAGAAACAAUAUCAACCACUGAAAAGAAAUCAGUUGAUAAAACAAGAAGAAAGAGAUGUUGGAGACACUGGUUCUAAGCCAUACUUAAUAUACUUGAAUCAGAAUAAAGGCUAUUUAUAUUUUUCAAUUCUUGCUCUUGCUAAUCUUGCCUUUCUGAUCAGCCAGAUAUUACAGAACACUUGGAUGGCCUAUGGCAUCGAUAAUCCUCAUGUCAGAAAAUCAACAUUGAUUGUGGUUUACCUCAUAAUUGGACUCUGCUCGACAUUCUGCAUACUUUUUAGAUCUCUUGCAGCAGUUACAUUAGGGAUGGAAACAUCAAAAUCUUUAUUUUCUCAGUUUCUAAACUCCCUCUUUCGCGCUCCAAUGUCAUUCUAUGACUCUACACCUCUUGGAAGGAUACUAAGUCGGAUCUCCUCUGAUUUGAGCAUUAUUGAUCUUGAUAUCCCCUUCAUCUUCAUGACAACCUUUGGAGCUACUGCAGUUGCAUACACUAAUUUAGUAGUUUUGACCAUAGUUACUUGGCAGGUCUUCUUAAUCUCCAUACCAGUAAUAUACAUGGCAAUUCGAUUGCAGAGGUAUUACUAUGCAACAGCAAAAGAGUUGAUGAGACUCAAUGGUACAACCAAGUCUAUGGUUGCAAACCAUUUGGCUGAAUCUGUAGCUGGGGGAAUGACUAUAAGAGCGUUUCAGGAGGAAGAUCGUUUUUUUGCUAAGAUUCUGGAUCUUAUUGAUACGAAUGCAAGUCCAUUGUUUCACAAUUUUGCAGCUAAUGAAUGGCUAAUUCAAAGGAUUGAGAUCCUCAGUGCCAUUGUUCUUGCAGCAGCAGCAUUGUGCAUGGUUUUGCUUCCUCCCGGGACUUUUAGCUCAGGCUUCAUUGGAAUGGCUUUAACAUAUGGUCUAGCGCUAAACAUAAGCAUGGUAAACUCAAUUCAAUUUCAAUGCACAUUAGCCAACUAUAUUAUUUCUGUGGAGAGGAUUAAUCAGUACAUGGACAUACCUAGUGAGCCUCCCGAAAUAAUCAAAGAUAACCGCCCUCCACAAAAUUGGCCAUCAGUUGGUAAAGUGGAGAUAUACAAUCUGCAGAUAAGAUAUAGACCAGAUACACCCCUGGUUCUUAAAGGAAUCAGUUGUACGUUUGAAGGGGGAGACAAAAUUGGUAUUGUUGGUAGGACUGGAAGUGGGAAGACUACUCUAAUAGGGGCUUUGUUUCGCUUGAUGGAGCCAAUUGAAGGGAAGAUAAUAGUUGAUGGAAUUGACAUAGGUUCGAUAGGACUUCAUGAUCUACGUUCACGUUUUGGGAUUAUUCCCCAAGAGCCUACACUCUUUAACGGCACUGUAAGAUUCAAUAUAGAUCCAUUGUGCCAAAGUAAUGAUGAAGAAAUCUGGCAGGUGCUUGAAAAAUGUCAACUAAAAGAAGAUGUCCUAGAUAAAGAGCAUGGCCUAGAUUCCUCAGUUCUGGAGGAUGGAUCAAAUUGGAGUAUGGGUCAGAGACAACUAUUUUGUCUAGGCCGUGCUUUACUAAGAAGAAGCAAGGUAUUGGUAUUCGAUGAAGCAACUGCAUCAAUCGACAAUGCAACCGACAUGAUUAUGCAGAAAACAAUACGAAGAGAACUGACAGACUGCACUAUGAUCACAGUAGCCCACAGGAUACCAACCGUGAUGGACUGCACAAAGGUCCUUGCUAUAAGAGAUGGAAAUUUGGUAGAGUAUGAUGAACCAGUGAAUCUAAUGAACAAGGAAGGUUCGCUAUUUCGCCAACUAGUUAAGGAAUACUGGUCUCAUUCCAAUUGUACACGACAAUCGCCUCGAAACUAAAGGCGUUGAAGGUGAAAAAAACUAUGUAAAACUUUGAUUACACUCUUUUUCUCCUUCUUUCAAAUAAUAGCAGGCCAUUAUAUGCAA